AAAUUAAGUGAAAGUUUGUAAUUUCCUAUAUUUUGUGUGGGAGAGGUCGAGCUUGAGUGCAAAGACAAAGCAGAGCGGAGGAACAAUGGACCACCUGUUCCGGCAGCGGCGGAUUAGUGUGCCCAAGAGGACAAGUGAGCUGGUGGCUCUGAUUGCGGUGUCAUGUACCUUGUUCCUGUUCCUCCACACACGAGACCUGAGCACCAAGUUGCGGCGGAUGGAAGGUCGGCUCAAUGAUGACGUCACAGCUUUCAACCACCUUACAGACAGAGUUCCGACGGACCGGACGGAACAUGCGCUUGCGUCGGCGCAGGAGUACAAAGAGGCACUCGAGGCUAUAAGGAGGCACACUGGCGCCGAGCGCAGCAAACCUCAGCGUACGUUAGAAGCAGAACCUGAAGAGUCCCAACAGGAGGUGGAACAGGAAUACCUGGAUGAACUCCUGGUGCCUGAACCCUGGGAGCUAAAUAACACAGCACGAGCUGGCACUGAGAUCCUGUUCUUCAACAGAGUGCCCAAGGUUGGCAGCCAGACGUUCAUGGAACUGCUACAUCGGCUGGCCUAUAAAAAUCAGUUUGGUUUCCAUCGAGAUGCCGUGCAACGUGUGGAGACCAUUCGCUUGGCGCCCGCUGAUCAGAUGGCACUCGCCAGCCUCGUGUCUGCAUAUGACCCUCCAGCCUCAUACAUCAAACAUGUCUGCUACACCAAUUUUACCAGAUUGGGCUUUCCGAAUCCAAUAUAUGUGAAUGUGGUUCGGGAUCCAGUGGAGAGAGUGAUCUCUUGGUAUUACUACGUGAGGGCGCCUUGGUACUACGUGGAGAGGAAAAGAGCCUUCCCAGACCUGCCUCUACCUGACCCUGCCUGGUUGAAAAAGGACUUUGAAACGUGCGUACUGAGCGGAGACCGUGAGUGCCGCUAUAUUGAGGGCCAGACACACGAGGGUAUCGGAGACCACCGCCGGCAAACACUGUUCUUCUGCGGACAUGACCCACAGUGCAUGCCAUUCAACAGCGUGGAAGCUCUGCAGCGAGCUAAAAGGGUGGUGGAGGAGCAGUACGCGGUAGUCGGUGUUUUAGAAGACAUGAACUCCACACUGCUGGCCUUCGAACGAUACGUGCCCAGGUUCUUCCACGGAGCUCUUAAAUUAUACUGGGAGGAAAUGAACACAUUCACCCGAAUCAACCGCAACUCCUUCAAGCCGCCAGUCUCCGAACAAGUGAAGCAAAUAGUCCGAGCAAACUUCACCAGGGAGAUAGAAUUCUACGAGUUUUGCAAACAAAGGUUGCAUAUGCAGCUGAGGGCUCUCCGGGACCCAACAAUCACCCUCCCAACACCCCGGAGGACGAGGAGGCGGAGAGCUCGUCUUAUGAACAGAGCGUAACCAUAGCAACCUGAUGGGUAUCCCAUCGCUUCUAGACUGUGUUAGGUUAGAAGUCGUGUAACCGCCUCAAAGAUAGCGUGACGUUUUUAAAACAGACUUUUAAACGCGAAAUUUCAUUUCGUAUUUGCCCUUAUUUAACUAACCCUCAAGCUAGGCCAAUCAUGCGACGUUUAUGUCUGAGUGCCUGUUGAUUUUGUUAUGGCAAUUUUGUAUUUAA